AUGAAAUAGUUUGUUAAACUCUUGAUAAUUUUGGGAGAAUCAGAAAUCGACAUAGAACUAACGCGACAAGAAUUAUGUGCACAGAGACUAUUCGAACCCUUCACAAGUUUUAAACGAUUAGAUUAAAACAAUAAAACUAAGCUUGGAGUUAAGGAAUUUUAUGAAUUUCUGCAAGACAACCAAGAAAUACAUUUAACCAAGUAAUAAUUAGAUACUCUUAUCAAAUAUUUGGAUUAUGAUAAAGAUGGCUCAGUAUCGUAUAAUGACUUCAUUAAAAUAAUAUUACCAUAAGAACACCCUGAAUUAACUGAAUUGGCUAUGUUAAGAUCUAGCUACCAAAUUGAAAAGAAUGUUCUUUUACCAUCAGAAAUUGAGUCAUUGUUAAAUGAACUAUUAUUAUGUAUUCUUACUUGGAGAGAUUCCUUUGAAAAGGUUAAAGUAGAAUUGUUAAAGGAGGAUUAUAACAACUAUAUGGAUUACCUAUUUCAGAACCAUUAAUAAUUGAGCAUCUAACAAUUUUAUAAAAUAAUAAAUGAAAUUCAGCCUGUCAAACAAGAAACAGUUUUAUCGUGUUUCAAAUACAUAGACUAAAAUAGAACUAGAUUUAUUACCAAAUCUGAUGUUAUUUUGAAUUUGCUGGGGAUUCCCUUUGAACAAUUCACACACAAACAAUAAAAGUAAUUAUAGGAUACUUAAUUCUCAUCAUACAAUCUAUCUCCCAGACAGACUUACCUAUAAAUUUCACCCAGAUUUACUUAAUUACCAAGAAAUGAGAGAACUAUUAGUAAUAUCGAAAAUAUAUUAUCGUUGUCAACAUCAAAUAAGAAUAAAAAUGGAAAGAUAAUAUCAUUCAAAUCACGUACUUAACUAUCCCAACUAAAUUGA